AUGCUGCCGUCACCAAUUCAUCCUCGUUACAAGAAUCCUCCACCAAACACCCAAUCACUCUCUCCCCAAGCCUCUUUCACCUUCCAACUCCUCCUGUUCCCGACUGUCUUCCAGAACCCGGCCAAUCUUAAAGGGCCACGUGGCUUCAUCCUGUUGCAGCCGUCGGAUUCUCUAGAUGCCCAGAUCAACGGCCACGUGGCUGACUCAGAUCUACCUGCCCCAGUCCUCACCUCCCUGCGCCUGCAUGCCGACUCUGCUCUCUCCGUUCGCUCCCUCACCUGGUCCCCGCUGCUCCCCCACUCCAUCCUGCAACGCGGCUGCCAGCUGGCAGUGUGCUCCACAGAUGGCCGGCUGAGAGUGUUCAGAGCGCCCGUGCAGGAGGCAGGCUCCAAGUGGAUCCAGGUGGCGGAUCUCUCUGCGACCCUUACUGCUCAUUUGAGAGACACGUGGCAGAGCCAGACACGUGGCAACAAUGAGAAGGUGACACGUGGCAGUGAUGAGAAGGUGACAUGUGGCAGCGAUGGGAGACUGCCACGUAGCAGGGAUGACAAGGAGACACGUGGAGCACAGGUGGACAAGAGCAAUGGGAGGGACGGCAGCAUUGCAGGCGGAACAGGUGCGUGGUCCCCACUGGUGACGCUGACGUGGCAGGUGAACCAACAACGCACCAAUCAGGAGGAGGGAGAGAAAGAGGCGGGAAAGCAAGGGGAGGCAAGACGAGGGGAGGCAAAGCAGGCGGGGGGGAGACAAGGAGAUGGGAAAGAGGGGCAUGGGAUCGCUGUCACCUUCUCAUGCCUGGCGUCUGGGUCCCAGUCAGGCCACAUCUCCCUCUGGCUCCUCCCGUCAGUCUGGGAGGGCCACUCUCCUCAUUCCCUCCCUCCCACGCUCCCUCUUCCUCCACCUCCGUCUGCUUCCCAUCUCAACGGUUCCUGGGCUCUCCUGCGGUCGCUGCGGGCGCAUCCUGGCCGUUGGAUCACCGCGCUGACGUGGCUGGAUGACGGGGCUUGUGGGUGUGAUGACUGGGGGGACGGGUGGGGACGAGUGGGACAGAGGGAUGGAAGCGGGGGGCAGAGCAGGGGGGAAGGGGGACAGAUGGGGAGCGGAGCUGGGGCAGCGGAAACAAAUAGGGAGAGUGCGGAAGUGGUUGGUGAAGUGGGGGAGAGGGGAAAGAGGAAGGAGACUGGAGGAAUGGGUGGGUGUGUGACGGUGGGAGGAUGGGCAGAUGCACAUGCAGCAGCAGUGACAGGGGUGGUGGUGGUACUGCGAGGGAUGGGGCUAGCAGCGCUCUACUCCUGCUCCCAGGUGUUAUCCCAGGUCGAUUCAAUCAAGUGCUGGUCCGUCAACCCUCCACCAACCUUCUACACCUCCCUCUGCUCCGCCUUCUCCUCCUCCCUCUCCUCCGCCCUUCCCUCCUCUCCUCCCUCCUCUCCCCCCUCGGACUUCCUUCCCCUGCGGCCGCUUCCCCUUCCCCGCCUCUCCUCAGCGCUCCCUCUCACCCUGUCAGAGGGAUCCGAUGAUCCCACCACACAGCCCACCACCUCCUCCCAUCUCAUCUCUCGCGCACACCACCCCCUCCCUUUCAUCUCCUCCCAGGCCUCGCGCACAGACCCCUCUGACUUUGUUGGCUGCCACGGCCUUGCCUGCUCGCCCAAUCGCCUCGUCAUUGCAACGGUCAGUCCCCCUCACCAGUCAGUCACCUCAACCUCGCGGGUGCAGAGACGGCUUUUGAGGCACCUCAAAAGUCAGUCCCCCCCACCAGACGACUAA